GACAUUUGAAAUUAACCUCACAUUUUAUAAGCAUGACCUAACCUCAAAAUAAACUUUAAAUAAAAGAUUUUUAUUAUGUUUAAGUUACUUAAAACAUUGAAAUAUUUAAACAAUAUAAGGAAGUACUGUAACAACAAAGCUAAAGGGAAAAACGCGCUAUAUUCUCAUACUGUUUUGUUACCAAAAACAAAAUUUCCUCUUCGAAUUGAAGGAAAAAAGCUUGUGGAUCGUGAUAAUGCAAUUAAUAAGAGUUCAUCAUUUGUAAAUUUAUAUAACUGGCAAAGAAAUAAUUUAAAAGGAGACGAAUUUAUAUUACAUGAUGGACCACCAUACGCAAAUGGGGAGACUCAUAUAGGUCAUGCGAUAAAUAAGAUAUUAAAAGAUACCAUAAUUAGAUCAAACAUCUUGGAAGGGAGGAAAGUUCAUUAUGUGCCAGGUUGGGAUUGUCAUGGAUUACCUAUUGAGUUAAAAGCCGUUUCAAAUUCUCAAGGAUUAAAGCCUAUUAAGAUAAGAGAGAAAGCAAGAAAAUUUGCAACAACUACUAUAGAAACUCAAAAAAAAUCUUUUAUGUCAUGGGGAGUAUGUGCUGAUUGGGAAAAUCCAUACAAAACGUUUAAUAAUGAGUACAUAAAGAAUCAAAUACAACAAUUUUAUAAAUUGUAUGAAAUGAAAUUGGUUUAUAGAGAUGUUAAACCUGUUUAUUGGUCACCGUCAACUCGAACAGCUCUUGCAGAAGCCGAACUUGAAUAUAAAGAUAACCAUAAAAGUACAGCAAUCAUAAUUAAACUAAAAUUAAAUCAAAUUCCAGAUGUUUUAAAGGAACACAAAAAUAUAUUUGCAUUAAUAUGGACAACAACUCCAUGGACAUUGCCAAGUAAUCAAGCUGUUUGUUACAACCCAAAUUUAUCUUAUUCAUUAGUUCAAAACCAAACAUCUUUAGAACAUUAUAUACUUUCCACUAAACUUAUAGAAGAUGUUUCAAAAAAACUUGGAUCAGAAUUAACUGUUCUUAACACAUUUCAAGGUUCUGCAUUUGAAAAUACAACAUAUUUUCAUCCUAUUUAUAAAAACAAAGAACUUAGUUUUUUGCCAUCAAACCAUGCCAGUGAAACAAAGGGAACUGGUUUAGUUCAUACUGCUCCAGCCCAUGGUCCUGAUGAUUUUUUAGUUGCUUUGAAGAAUAAUUUACAAAUAAUAUCUUUGGUAGAUGAAGACGGAAAAUAUUUAGAUUCAGCUGGUUCAGAGUUAACUCAAAAAUACGUUUUUGCUGAAGGUUUAGACACAGUUCUAAAUAUGACUAAAAGUGAUACGUUAAAUACUGAAGACUUCAUACACAGUUAUCCUUAUGAUUGGAGAACAAAAUUACCAGUUAUAAUAAGAGCUAGUAAACAAUGGUUUAUUGAUACUAACAGAAUAAAACAACAGGCUGUGGAUGCAUUAAGCAAUGUUGAAAUUCUUCCAAAAAUUAACAGUGAAAUGCAUAAACAACAUUUUAAAAAUCAAUUACUUAAAAGACCAUAUUGGUGUAUUUCAAGACAAAGAUGUUGGGGAGUGCCCAUUCCAGUAUUUUAUAACAAAGAAUCUGAAGAUGUCAUAAUAUCAAAGGACACCAUAAAUCAUUUUUGUAAUUUAAUUGAUAAACAUGGCUCAAAUUUUUGGUGGAGUUUACCUGAAAAAGAUAUCGUACCCGAAAGUAUUUUAAAAAAACAAUCUAAUAUUAAAAAAGGAGAAGAUAUUUUAGAUAUUUGGUUUGAUAGUGGAAUAUCUUGGUCUAGUGUUUUACCAAAGGAUAAAAUCGCCGAUAUUUAUUUAGAAGGAGUAGACCAAUUCACAGGGUGGUUUCAAUCAUCACUUUUAACUUCUAUAGCUUUACAAGAAAAAGCACCUUUUAAAACCAUUUACGUUCAUGGUUUUGCUGUGGAUGAAAAUGGAUUGAAAAUGUCGAAAUCUUUAGGAAAUGUUAUUAACCCCCAAGAUAUUUUAGAAGGUUGUAAAUCUCAUAAAGCAUACGGAAUUGAUACAUUAAGAUGGUGGGUUGCUUGUCAUGCAAAUCAAGACACAAUAACCGAAGUGAGUUCGAAUGUUUUACAAGCUAGUAAUGAUGAAGUACAAAAAAUACGAAGUGUUUUGCGAUUUGCUCUUUCUACAUUAAGCGAUUAUAAUGGGGAAAUUGUUGAUUAUGAGUCAUUGUGCUUAAUUGAUAAGUUUAUGUUACAUGUUUUAUUACAAUAUGAUCGACAAGUAACAGAACAUUUAAAAUUCUAUCAAUUCAACAAAAUCGGUAAAUCCAUAAUAAAUUUAUUAACAAAUACGGUAUCAGCACAAUAUUACACAGCAGUAAAAGAUCGUUUAUAUUGCGAACCAGAAAAUUCAAUUAGUAGACGAUCAUCUCAAUUCGUCUUAUUAAAUCUAUUUUUGAUCACAUUGAGAAGUAUAUCACCGAUUGUACCGCAUUUAGCUGAAGAACUCUAUUUACAUUUUCCAUUGAAACAAGCAGAUUCUUUUUUUCAAACUGAAAAAGCACGCGUGGACCCCAAAUGGGAAUCUUUAGAAAUUGAAAAUGUGAUGAACGUAAUUUUUGAUUUGAAGAAAGAGGUGAAUAAGACUGUUGGGGCGAAUACUGUGAAUAAAAGAAUUGUUAUUGGGUUGGAUGAAGAAUUAAAAAAGGAGGUUGAGAAAUAUACGCUCGGUAAUGGUGAGUUAUUGGAUAUUUUGCAAGUUGCUGAAAUAGAGCUUAAUACGAAACUUGAUGGAACAUCAAUUGAAGUUCAUGAUACCAAGCUAUGUUGUUGUCCAAGAUGUAGAAAGUUUGCUUCUUCAAUGUCUGAUGCAUUAUGUAAGAGAUGCAAUGAAGUUAUUAAUGGUUUAGAAAAUAAAGCACAACAUGUUUUAUAGAAUAUUCAUUUAUUUCCAACUAGAAUUACACGUAACUAUUUAAUAGUUUGCUGCAUUUAGAACUAAACUUAAAUACUACAUUUUAUUAAUAAAAAAACAUAAAAAAUAUGAAAAUGAACAAAAUGAA